GUUCGACGCUGUGGACGAUGGCGGACGCGCUGAAACCACCGCUGCAGUCGACGGUGCGACCAUCUGACCGCGAACCGAGUCAGGACGACUUGGAAAAGCUCCGUGCUUGGCACGAAGAGCGUCUCCAGCGGAAGUUGCGUGGCGAGUACGAAAGCCAGCAGCUGCACCUGGGAGAGCUGGUGAACGACACGCUCGACUGUCCUGUCCGAAUAGCCAGUGUCAAAGUGCAUGGCGCAACGCACACCAGCGAAACAUUUCUUGACUGGCUCAUCCGCCCGCGUCUCACAUCGCCCGAUGCCCGCUCGACGUUACACUCGGUUCUCCAAACCACGCGCAGCAUUUCGCACUCGCUUUCGGCCACAGACCUUUUCCGCACCGUAUCUGCACGCAUAGAACGCUCCCCACAAGGUACACCCGGCGACGUUGACCUCAAUUUCACCGUGACAGAACGGGGCCGUUUCUUCGUCAAGACUGCAACGGAAAUCGGGAACUGCGAGGGCACUGCCUCCAUCACCGCCCGCCUCACUAAUAUUCUUGGCCGCGCAGACACUUUCGCCUUUAACUCAUCUGUAGGGACGAAAACUAAACGCGCUUUCGACGCAUCUUUUUCAUUACCCGUCUCCCCUUCCCUUAGCACUACUGCUUUCCUCUCCCUUACUGGUGCAGACCGUGAACUCGGCGUACAGGGCGGGUUGGGCCGGGAGGAACGCGUUACGAUCAAAGCUGGCCUACGACAUGGCGGCGAUGGUUUGGAGAGUGGUAUGCAUGAACUUACUGCAGAGGCUCUCUGGCGAUCCAUUGGCAACCUGGCCCCUGAGGCAGGUUUGGGCAUCCGCCAAUCGGCGGGUCCUGCCCUUAAAGCUGCUUUGGCACAUAGGUGGACCCUCAACAUGCUAAAUGACCAUAUCACACCAUCUAAAGGUGCGCUUAUGCGCAUCACCAACGAGCUUUCGGUCACAAAGCGCAUACCGCCAAGUCCUUCCCUAGCGUACACUACGUCCUCGUUUUGGAGUAUAAGUAGCAUAGGGAAUGAUGGUGACAUGGGCGAGGGGCCAACAGCGUUCUGGAAAACCGAAGCUGAAGCGAAACGUGGUUGGGCCCUUCCAAGAAGUUCGACGCUGACGCUCUGCGCUCGCUCUGGCCUGUUGCAAGUUCUUGCAGGCGAUAGCGAUAGCCUCCACUGGAGCGACCGCUUUCAACUUGGAGGGCCGCUCAGCGUGCGCGGUUUUUCAGCGGACGGCAUGGGCCCACGGCAAGGCACUACUUCUCUCGGUGGAACUAUAUACUACGCACUUGGCCUCUCUCUUCUCAGCAACAUUCCGAUGCGACCUACGUGGCCCAUAAAAUUGCACACUUGGGUUAACGUGGGGCGCUUGCAAGACCACAAUCAGGAUGUGCGCUCCACCAUGCACACACUUCUCACCCGUCCGUCGGUAUCCGCUGGCCUUGGCCUCGUCUACCGCCUUGACCCUAUACGUGUUGAGGCAAAUGUCGCAUUUCCUCUCGUCGCUGCACGUGGAGAGGGCCUCCGACGUGGCAUACAGGUUGGGAUUGGGUUGGAGAUGCUAUAGGGUGGUGGGACUAACGUAUAGUAUUUACAUUAUACAUAACGAUAGAAUCAUACCAAUGCAUACACACACUUAUAACCG